AUGCACAACCUCUCAUUCUCGCGACAACCUCCUAGUGUCCACUGCACUUUAACUACAAUAAACCGUACAAUCAUGUCCUUCUUCGAUACCAGUAGGCACAACGCUGCCGCGCCGGGCUUUUCUCAAGGUCAUGACCCUUUUGCUGGACUUACCGGUGGCGAUGGGGGUGCCGACGAUGCCCUUGACUUCGACGACACGUACGACGGUCUGGGUGACCAGCUCGACGACGCCGAUGACGCCUUCAACGACGAUACUUUUGGAGGCGGCGGCGGCGGCGGCCAUAGUGGUGGCGACGUAAUUGCAUCCUCCAAGGUCGGCAAGGACUUUGACUUCUUCGGUCAGACUGCCAAGGUAGCCGAUGCCAUCGAGGAGGAGCAUCUCCGAUUCAACCGCCAGAAACCUGCCGCCCGGUCCAACGCGCCCGCGACUCAUCCCGCCCAGCCUCCUUCCGACCCUUAUUAUGCCCAGCAGCAGCAGCAAUACCAGCAGCAGCAGCAACAGCAACACCACCACCACCACCACCAGCAGUACCAUCAACAACAGCAGUAUCGUCAAGCACCUGCUCGCUCUGGCUAUGAAAAGUAUCGCGACGCAGAACCCAUCCCCGAUCUCCAUGUCGACCAGAGCAUCUGGGGCAUCGGCCCUCCCAAGGCUGCCCCUGCCCCCGAAGCACAAUCAAAGGGUCGCAAGAUUAUGAGUCUGGAGGAGGUUGAGGCAGCUAUGCGAUCAUCUGAGCCCAAGGCCACCUCUCCUGCCCAACAGACCGUCCCUGCACAGCCCCCAGCGAACGCCGGCUACUAUCCAGGACAGCCGCAGAUGGCUGCUCAACAGGCGCAGCAACACCAGCAAGGCUCCGCUCAAGGACAGCCCGUCACCAUUCUUCAGCGCCCUCAAUCCGGACAGGAACCUCCUCAUCAGCGGCAGAUUCUCACCGAGGAACAGUUCCUGCGCCAGCACGCCCACCCGACCCAAAUCUUGCAGAAUCCCAACAGGCUCUCCGGUGAUGCUCAGCACCCUGCUUUCGCUGGUCAGCAGCAUGGAAGAACUCCCAGUGGUGCCGGCCCCAUGCACCAUUUGCACAACCACCCCCAGCUCUCGGGCAUGUCUGAAGAGGAAAAAGCAGCAUUCCUGGACCAAGAGACAAAACGUGCGAAGCGCAACCACAAGAUUUGGCUUCUGUCAAAGGACAAUGGUGUGAUGACUCCCCAAGACAAGAACUUCAUCACUCGAAUUCAGUUGCAGCAGCUUAUUGCUGCUACCGGCAACCCCACGGAGCAGAAUGGCGAUGCCUCCAUCGCCGAAGACUUUUACUACCAAGUCUACAGCCACAUCCGUGCUGGACAGAGACAAAAUCCUAGCCAACCUUUGAGCAACUUUGCGCAGACCUACCUUUUCCAGACUGGCAGCCGUCAUGGACCCCGCCGCCACGGCCGCCCUGCCGAAAACCACAUCCAGCGCAUGGAGCAGCAGGUUCAGAGAGCUGUCGAAGCCGCCAAGAACAAACCCAAGAACCCUCAGCUGGUGAUCGCUGGCAGCCUGGGUAAGAUCUCGUUCAGCAAUGCAAAGACUCCCAAGCCACUUCUCAACAUUCAGAGAAAGGAGACAGAGUCUCCUCGUCCUGCCAGUAGCCGGGACGCUACGGCUGGCCCCGAUCGCAGAGCCAUCCUGCGCAACGUUGAGCGUGUCUAUGAUACUCUCAUGAAACUCGAAGACCAUGUCAGAGUCAUCCCGCCUUCCAUGGCUGGGCCUUCCGAUCCUGAGCUGGAAGAGAAGCAUCGUGAAUGGGCCACCGAGCUCGAGGCUCUCAAUGGCCGGCUCUGGAACGAGCUCAAGGUUCACGAACCCAUUGGUGCCACCGUGCCUCACCCCUUUAUCGCUUUCCUGUCCUGUGCCAAGGGCAAGAAGGCUAUUCCUCGCAUCUUCCCCCACCUUAGCUUCGAGCAGCGCACAACCAUUUUGACCAUGAUUGUGUAUCACCUUGACCAGCUUGAUGUGGUACAGGGAGCCGCCGUUACCGACGAUGACACCACCCUCAACUCGAGAAUGCGUGAAAAUAUUGAGCUCUUCCUCUCUACGGUCAUGCCAUCGCUCAUGCAGUACUUCAACGACACCGGCCUGGACAUAGUCGAUGGUGUCCUCAACUUGAUUGCCACUAAGCUGAACUUGGAUCUGAUUGCCAGAACUCGCAUCGGUGUUUCCAUGCUCACUCUGAUUCUGAGCCGAACUGUUCUGCUCAAGCAGACUGGGGCUGGUAACCCUGAACAAUGGGAGAAGUGGGACCAGACCUUCGAUAUUCUCUUCAGCCGACUUGAGCCCUCGCUCCCCUAUAUGUUCCCUGGCAGCGUCAAUGCCGGCAUCGACGUCUAUGUCUGGCAGUUCCUCGCUGCCAUGGGCGUCAGCGCGAAUCACGACCAGCAAACACGCUUGGUCCUGGCUGUCAAGGACCGUGUCCUUGAUACCGUCGCCCUGUCCAAGACUUUGCCACCAGCCAUGGCCACUGACCGCCUGGCCAGUGUCAACUUGUUCAUGAGAGCCAUCGGCCUUGACGUGGAGCUCCUGCAGUAA